AUGAGGUUAAACGACGAGAAUCCUCUAAAUGUUUUAUUUCAAACCAGGACACACGAUGAUAGUGGUGGUGCUCUUCAGACACUAUUAAUGGUGGCAUGUGGUGUGCCUGAUACCAGUGGGCAAGCUGUCGCGGGUAUCAGGACACGCCGUGCCACCGAGAAAACCACAAGCACCGAGCGCAUCGGUAUCAGGCUGCACCGUCCGCAGCUCAUCACCAAACAGAAUUUUCCUCAACGACGUCGUCGUCUCCGGCGCUGA